AUGGCACGCGUAAAGAUGGGUCUCCUCGCUCUCCUCUGCCUCCCGUUGUUUUUCCUCGUGCUCUGCCACGGCAGCAGCAUCUAUGAGCGCUCGGCGGUCCCCCGCGCCGUGUCCCGCUCCGUGGCCCGCAUGGACGGGGACGUGAUCAUCGGUGCGCUCUUCUCCGUGCACCAUCAGCCGUCUGCGGAGAGGGUGGCCGACCGCAAGUGCGGGGACGUCCGCGAGCAGUACGGCAUCCAGAGGGUGGAAGCCAUGUUCCACACGCUGGACCGGAUCAACAGCGACCCCAACUUGCUCCCCAACAUCAGCCUGGGCUGUGAGAUCCGGGACUCCUGCUGGCACUCCUCCGUGGCCCUGGAGCAGAGCAUCGAGUUCAUCCGGGACUCCCUCAUCUCCAUCCGGGACGACAAGGACGGGUCCAAGUGGUGCAUUGAUGGUACCCCGUCCAACCAGCCUCCGCCCACCAAGAAGCCCAUCGCAGGGGUGAUCGGACCUGGAUCCAGCUCUGUGGCUAUUCAGGUGCAGAACCUGCUGCAGCUCUUCAACAUCCCGCAGAUCGCCUACUCUGCCACCAGCAUCGACCUGAGUGACAAGACGCUGUUCAAGUACUUCCUGAGGGUCGUGCCCUCAGAUGUCCUGCAGGCCCGGGCCAUGCUGGACAUUGUCAAGCGAUACAACUGGACCUAUGUGUCUGCGGUGCACACUGAGGGGAACUACGGGGAGAGCGGCAUGGAGGCCUUCAAGGAGCUGGCCUCUAUGGAAGGCUUAUGCAUCGCCCACUCGGACAAGAUCUACAGUAACGCAGGGGAGAAGCACUUUGAUCGCCUUUUGAGGAAACUGCGGGAGCGUCUGCCCAAAGCUCGUGUGGUGGUGUGUUUCUGCGAGGGCAUGACUGUCCGAGGCCUCCUGAUGGCCAUGAGGCGACUGGGGGUGUUUGGGGAGUUCCUCCUCAUUGGCAGUGAUGGAUGGGCGGACCGCUACGAGGUUGUGGAGGGUUUCGAGCACGAGGCAGAGGGAGGAAUCACCAUGAAGCUGCAAUCGGAGGUGGUCAAGACCUUCGACGACUACUACCUGAAGCUGCGGCUGGACACCAACACCAGGAACCCCUGGUUCUCUGAGUUCUGGCAGUAUCGUUUCCAGUGCCGCCUGCCGGGUCAUCCACAGGAGAACAAGAACUACAAGAAAGUCUGCUCCGGAAAUGAAAGCCUGCAGGAAAACUAUGUUCAGGAUAGUAAGAUGGGCUUUGUCAUCAACGCCAUCUACGCCAUGGCUCAUGGACUCCACGACAUGCACAUGGAGCUGUGCCCGGGACAGCCCGGACUCUGUGAGGCCAUGGACCCCAUCGACGGCAGCAAGUUGCUGGACUACCUCUUAAAGACGUCCUUCAAAGGAGUCUCAGGGGAGGACAUUUAUUUUGAUGUAAAUGGAGACACCCCAGGAAGGUACGACAUCAUGAAUCUGCAGAAUGUGGGCGACGAGCGCUACGACUACCUCAACGUGGGCUCCUGGCACGAGGGCAUCUUGAACAUCGAGGACAGCAUGCUGUGGAUAAACAGCAGCGACAUGGUCCGCUCCGUGUGCAGCGAGCCGUGCUCCAGAGGACAGAUCAAAGUGAUUAGGAAGGGCGAGGUGAGCUGCUGCUGGAUCUGCACCACAUGCAAGGAUAAUGAAAUCGUCCAGGAUGAGUUCACCUGCAAGGCAUGUGAUCUGGGAUGGUGGCCCGAUGAAGAACUGGCAGGCUGUCAGCCCCUGCCUCUGAGGUACCUCGACUGGUCCGAUGUGGAAUCCAUCGUCGCUGUGGCUUUCUCCUGUGUUGGCAUCCUAAUCACCUCCUUUGUCACCUUUGUGUUCAUCCAGUACCGUGACACACCUGUGGUUAAGUCCUCUAGUAGGGAACUCUGCUAUAUCAUCUUGGCAGGCAUCUUCCUGGGCUACAUCUGUCCAUUCACAUUAAUCGCCUACCCUACGGUGGCCUCCUGCUACUUGCAGCGGCUCCUGGUGGGUCUUUCCUCCGCCAUGUGCUACUCCGCCCUGGUGACUAAAACAAACCGUAUUGCCCGCAUUCUGGCCGGCAGCAAGAAAAAGAUCUGCACCAAAAAGCCUCGUUUCAUGAGCGCCUGGGCCCAGGUGGUCAUCGCCUUCAUGCUCAUCAGUGUGCAGCUAACUCUGGAGAUCACCCUCAUCAUUCUGGAGCCUCCACUGCCCGUCAAGUCGUACCCAAGCAUAAGUGAGGUCUUCCUCAUCUGUAACACCAGUACCGUAGGCAUGGUGGCGCCACUGGGCUACAACGGCCUGCUUAUCAUGAGCUGCACCUACUAUGCCUUCAAGACGCGGAACGUGCCAGCCAACUUCAACGAGGCUAAAUACAUCGCCUUUACAAUGUACACCACCUGCAUCAUCUGGUUGGCCUUCGUGCCCAUCUACUUUGGCUCCAACUACAAGAUCAUCACCACGUCCUUCUCUGUCAGCCUGAGUGUGACAGUGGCGCUGGGGUGCAUGUUCACCCCCAAGAUGUACAUUAUCAUCGCCAAACCAGAGAGGAACGUCCGAAGCGCCUUCACCACGUCCGACGUGGUGCGAAUGCACGUCGGCGACGGCAAGUCGGCUCAAUGCGGAACUAACAGCUUCCUCAGCAUUUUCCGGCGGAAGAAGCCCAGCACUGGAAACGCUAAUUCUAAUGGCAAGUCUGUGUCAUGGUCUGAAUCAGGUGCAAGACACCCUCCGAGGGGGGGGAAUGUGUGGCACAGACUGUCUGUGCAUGUGAGGAAACAGGAAGCCGGCUUGAAUCAGAUGGCGGUCAUCAGGCCCCUAACUAACACCCCCGACCCCCACAGUUGCAAGCCCUCCACCCGCGACCUCGGGACAGACCCGCAUCUCCCCCAAGAACCACCUGGUGCUAAGCCUCUGUACAACCUGGCAGAGGAGGACGACGAUGGCGACUUGCAGCGCCCCCUCUGGAACCCGGCUUGCUCUGGACAGACGCAACGGCUGGAGUCUGAUUUAGAUAGGCCGGCUUCUUAUUUGCCCCCUCACUUGGCAAGCCGCACCACGGACCGCAUGCAAGGGGCUGUGGUGGACACGCACAGCUCCAAUGUCCCUGCGCUGAAUGAUCACUCCCCCGCCAACAAGCCUUUGAGCUUGACACCAUCUCACCUUCCUCUGGUCCCACAUGUCGGGGCGUUUGAAGAGCAGGGGCCAGAGGACGAGGACCUGGACCUCUUACACAGCUAUAUUUAUAAUGCCAAGGGGGAGGAGGAGUACGGGGAGGAUGUAACUCACAACAAGCCGACUCUGGAGGAUUCCCUUGCACUAUCUCCUCCCUCCCCCUUCAGAGACUCUGUGUGUUCGGGGGAGUCCGUCAGCGGCUCUCCCGUCACUGAGUCGAUGCUCGGGAGUCCCCCGAGCUGCGUCUACACCUCAAACAUGCUCCCAGACUUCGCACACAGCUCCUCAACACUGUGA